AUGGCGACAAUCACUUGGCGUACCUCCUUCCCUGAGGGGGGCUUGGAAGUUCUCCCUCGUCUCCAUUCAGAUCAUAGCCCCAUUAUUCUCCGCUGUGGGAAAAAGGUGGAGAGUCGAGGCCAGCGCCCCUUCAGGUUUGAGGCCGCCUGGACUUUGCACCCGCAAUACCGUAAUGUCGUGGUUGAGGCUUGGGCUAAGGGGAGGCCGUGUAUUCCAGAUGCUCUUCAUGAGGUUAGAAUUGAUUCUCUAGAGUUCAACAAGACGACGUUUGGGAAUAUAUUUCGUAGGAAGAAGCAUGUGGAGAAUUGUAUCGCUUCUGUCCAAGCCAGACUUGAGAUUGUUGAUUCAGUGGUCCUUCUUCUUCAGCUUGAUAGGCUGAAAAAAGAUCUUAAUGAUAUUCUGGCCCAAGAGGAGAUGCUCUGGUUUCAAAAGUCUCGGGAGAAAUGGGUCAAGUAUGGGGAUAGGAACACUGCUUUCUUUCAUGCCCAAACAGUAGUUAGAAGAAAGAGGAACCGCAUUUCGAGUCUUGUUCUUUCGGAUGGUUCUCGUUGCUAUGAUUCAGAUAGGCUGCAGCAAGGUGCGAUUGAUUUCUUUAAGUCCCUCUUUGCAGACACGGUGGAGGUGGAUACAACUUGCUUGGCAACCCCUCACCUUCCUGUUAUUCCGGAUGAUCAUAUCCCCUCUUUGGUUCGUGAGGUCACUAAGGGGGAGGUCUUCCAAGCGCUUCAGCAAAUGGGUUCUUAUAAAGCCCCUGGACCGGAUGGCUUCCAUGCAGCUUUCUAUAAAACCUAUUGGGAAGUGGUGGGGGAUGACGUUUUCAGGUACAUUAAAAAUGUGUUUGAGACCCAGCAAGUUGACCCGGAGUUGGGAGAGACGUUGGUGAUUCUGAAUCCAAAGUGCGAGUGCCCGGAGUCUUAUAAGGAUUUUAGGCCUAUCAGUUUGUGUAAUGUCUUGUAUAAACUGAUAACUAAGAUUCUUGUGAACCGAAUCAGACCCGUUCUUGAUGAUAUUGUUAGCCCUAUGCAAAGCAGCUUCAUCCCGGGAAGGUGUACUAGUGAUAAUGCGAUUGCUCUGCAGGAGAUUGUACAUCAUCAGAGGAAAGUCCGGAAGAAAGGAGGGAAUCUAGUAUUCAAGCUGGAUCUGGAGAAAGCUUAUGACCGGAUCGACUGGAAGUUUUUGGAAGAGACUUUGGUGGCCUUUGGUUUUCCUCAGGUUUGUGUCAAUCUGAUUAUGCGUUGCGUUUCAGCCUCUCAGUUGUCCAUUCUUUGGAAUGGGGAGCGUAGCCAGUCGUUUGCCGCCAAACGGGGGCUGCGUCAGGGCGACCCCCUCUCUCCGUACUUGUUUGUUCUGUGUAUGGAGAGGUUGAGUUCAGCGAUCUCUACUGCGGUUCAGGAAGGAAGAUGGGAUCCUAUUUGCACUGUUCGUAAUGGGCCAGGUUUGUCCCAUCUUUUUUUCGCUGAUGAUGUCUUGUUGUUUGUUAAGGCUCGAAAUAAUCAAGUGAGAGUUCUGAAGGACUUGCUAGAUUUAUUUUGUCGGGCAUCUGGCAUGAAGGUCAAUGAAGCGAAGUCUAAAAUUAUGGGUUGCAAUGGCAUGAGCCUGCAGAAGAAAAAUCGAAUCUCUGGUAUAGCAGGCUUUCAGUUUACCAAUGAGAUUGGCAAGUAUCUGGGUUUCCCCAUUUUCCAGCGGCGGAUCACAGCAAGAGAUUUUGAUUAUAUUUUUGAUAAGAUUAAUGUUAGACUAGCUGAUUGGAAAUGCAAGCUCCUCAACAGGGCAGGCCGCUUAACUCUUGCGCAAUCGGUGGUGUCCUCCAUGCCGGCCUAUUGCAUGAGUCAGGUGUGGGUUCCUCAAGGUGUUUGUGAUAAAUUGGAUUCAGUUGUUAAAAAUUUCAUUUGGAAAGACAGAAGUGGGCGAGGGAUCAACUUGGUGGGCUGGAAUCGUGUUGCUUGUCCGAAAAAAUUUGGAGGUCUAGGUUUAAGAAAGGCCCGCGACCACAACGUUGCUCUCUUGGGGAAGCAGGUUUGGCAGCUUAUUAUCAAUCAGGACAAGCCGUGGGUGGACAUGAUAAGAGCGAGGUACUUCCAGAAUAAUGAGUUUCUUGCUGCUGAGGACAAACCAGGGUCUCCUGUUUGGAAGGCUUUUGUCAAGGCUCGGAAUUUUCUGCGUGAUGGGUUCGAAUAUCAGGUUGGAGAUGGUCUAUCGUCUUUCUGGUAUUCUCCUUGGUGCUCCUCCACUCCACUAUGUCAAGUGGUGCCUUUUGUUGACAUUCAUGAUGUGGAUCUUCGGGUUAAAGAUAUCUGGCAGAAUGGGAUUUGGAACCUGGAGUGGUUGUGGACUAGGCUACCGGAUCCGGUGGUCAACACAAUUCGAGGGUUAUCCCCCCACUUGAAUGGUCAUGGUCAGGAUGGGUUCCGUUGGAAAGGGCAUGUGUCAGGGGUUUAUACAACAGCUUCAGGUUAUCAGUGGCUCCUGGCACAAAGAACGUCAAUGGAUAAUCCUGUGGUUGAUUGGAAUUGGGUGUGGUGGUGCAAUAUGCCUCUCAAGUGUACUGUCUUCAUCUGGCUAAUUUUUCAGGACGCGUUGCCUACUAAUGCUUGUCGUUUCCAUAGGGGUAUGGCGGAGGACCCAAACUGCGGUGUGUGUUCGGCGAACGAAGACACGGCUCUGCACUGCCUCAGGGACUGUUCCUUGGCUCGUGCUAUCUGGCGUAGAAUGGGCUUUGAUACAGAGGGUGACUCGUUUUCGAUUUCGGAUGUUAAAGUCUGGCUGCGUGCUCUGAUCUUUGCAUCGGACCCGUUGGCGAUAGCUACCCUAUGGUGGGUGUGGCGUGCGCGUUGUAUCUGGUGUUUGGAGCAUAAGAUGCUGCCGGUGCAAGUUAUUAGCUCCAACAUUGAUGCCAUGAGGCAUGAUCUUGAGACAGCGUUUGUUCCUGCUAUCGAUGCCCCUCGUCCUCCCCCGCGCCUGGUUAAAUGGGAGCCCAUAUUGGAUUACGGUGUGGUGUUGAAUGUUGACGGGAGCGUGCGCGGUGUGCCAAGCCGAGGUGGUUUUGGAGGCUGUUUUAGGAGCAUCCAGGGGCAGUGGCAGGGGGGCUUCUUCGGGUUUCUGGAGGAGACUUGCAUUCUGCGGUUGGAGUUACUAGCAAUUUUCCAAGGGCUGUCUAUGGCUUGGGAGCGGGGCUAUAGGGUGGUUGAUUGUCAGUCGGAUUCCAUGGAUGCCGUGAAUCUAGUUUUGUCGGUGCCUCCGACUCAGCACUUAUAUGUCUCUCUUAUUUGGGAUAUUAAAGAUCUUUUGGCCAGAGAUUGGUUGGUGGACAUUCAUCAUAUUUUACGAGAGGGAAAUGCGUGCGCGGACUUCUUAGCUAAGCAUGGCGCUGGGCAAGAUCACGAGUUUGUGUCUAUUGAUCAACCUUCUCCAGACUUGGGUUUGUUGCUUCUCGCGGAUGCGUCGGGUGUAGCCUUUAAGAGGCCUUAG